GGGAACUGCUCCCAUGCCCAGCUUCUAAGGACACAGCCUUUUAUGGUAUUUUUAGAGUGGAAGCUGUUGUGGUUUGCAGCACUUCGCCUUUUGUCUUGCAGGAGCCUCAGAGAAAAGAGCUCACGCUCCCCCGGGGCUCCAGCACGCAACAGCGAGGACCCCACGCAGGUGAUGAGCAAGCCGAUGCCAGGCUCCGUGGACUUCCUCGCCCAGCCACGUCAGGGAUGCUCCAGGAUGUCACCCGCUCCGCACGGCAGUGCCGCAGCUCAUCCGCAGGCUCUCCCACCCACGCCGUGGGUCGUCGGGUGGUUCCACCGCCCCACAGCCUCCACACCAGAUGCAAGGGCAGGGUGCGGGUGUGAGCUGUGCUGUGGACACCGUAACUACUGCAGCCCAACUUUGAGUCAUCCCCUGCAUCCCCUGAGUCUUACCACCCUGUGGCAAUACACCGGCAACCUCUUCAUCAUCUCCAGUGAUGAGCCGCCGGACGUAGUGUUUCUACCCUUCACGGGCUGCCAGAGUCCCAUCUGUCUUCCCUCGGGUGAGCUCUGCAAGGAGCCAGGACAGACGAAUGACAGACCGCCCCUACAGACAGAUUUCACCGAGUGGGAAGACACAGUGAAAAGCUGCUCUGGAGCGACUUCUCAGGUACAAGAGACACAGCAGAGGGGAAGUUUGGGGGAGGUCCAUGUCAGCAAGCACUACACAGCCCACAACAUAGCUUGGAGUCGAGCCAACAGCAGCAGACCACUGCAACCAAAAACCCUCCAGCCCUAA